AUGCUCGACUUUGGUGUUCAGCGCUUCCUAGUGCCUGGUCAGUUGAGUGGUGAAGGGCCGUGGUCGGGCUCUGCUUCGGGCAUCCGCUGGCCUUCACCCAGCCCUGGUGGCCAACCGGAUGCCUCUGGGGCCGUACAUGAAACCAUUCUGAACCACAGGUUCUUGAUCGUCCGGACAAAGGACCUGCUCUGGAGUAGGGAGGACAGCCAGCGCUUCUACCAGGAGCACUCAGGGCGCUUUUUCUACCAGAGGCUGGUGGAGUUCAUGUCCAGCGGCCCCAUGAGGGUGUAUAUCCUGGCUCACGAGGAAGCCAUCGCACGCUGGAGAUCCCUGAUGGGACCCACCAAGGUGUAUCGUGCCCGGCACACAGCCCCGGAAUCCAUCCGCGGGACUUUGGGUCUCACCGACACCCGGAACACUGUCCAUGGCUCGGACUCUUCCGCCUCAGCCAGCAAGGAAAUUGCUUUCUUCUUCCCAGAUUUCAGCGAAGAGGAGUGGUACCAGCGGGAGGAGCCACAGCUACGCGGAGAGACGGUUUGCCCUGGCCCUCGCAUGGUCAUCCAUCGCGGCCCCGGAGACAGCUGGACGGAGCAGGACUGAGUUUGCCCCAUGGAUGUCCACAGGGGCUGUGCCAUGUCCAGCAGGGCAGUUCUCGUUAGCUGAGGCUUUAUCACCGUGUGCAGAGUUGGCAGUCAGAAGACACCCAGCAGAGCAGUGCUUUUGCCCCUCUUCUUGGGCCAAAGAUUGGGCACGCUCACGUCCGUGUGCCAUGUGCAGCCUUGACUGAUUCUCUCUUUCCCCGUGGUGUUUCAGGUGAGGGCAGGGGUUGCAGGCUGGGGGGCAGUCUGUGUUGGGCCUCUUGAAGCCUGUGGGCCCGAGGAUGUCCAGAAAGGGGGACCCUAACCAUUAUAGCCAUGUCUCCAACCUAGAAUUGCCUUAGUUCACUGGUUUCUUGGGUAGAUUUUCCCAACCUGCCAGGGAGCCUUUCCCCUUGUAGAUUUACAUGCUGAACCCGGACAGGUAUAAGACUGAAGUCCUCCCCCCAUCUUGUGCUUAAGACCUAUGGCCUCUUGCAGGUGACAUGGAAGGGGAUGGAGCCCACGCAAAUACAGCUGGAAACAUUUAAAUUUAGGCCCAAGUGCUUCUCAUCCUUGUUGACAUCUCUUAAAUACCUAAGCCCCAUCCACACAUCUCCCUGUUCAGCCUUCCUAACCCUUUUUCAAAACGCAUUUGAAAAUCCUUCCGUGUUUUCCAAUCUUUCCCCUGGACGGUGGGUUGCCGAGACAGUUGGAAAGAUGAAACCCCCUUGCUCGGCUGGGCGCAUUCUCCUUCCACAUCUUCAACGUUCGUGCUUCUGAUGCAGCAAUUAGACCUUCCUGGUUGCAACACUCCUCCGCGGAUGCAAGGCCAGAUACCUUGGCCUCUCUAGGUCUUGCUGGACUGCAAUUCUCGCUGUUUUCACUAUUGCCAUUGCUGCUGAGGGCUUCUGGGAGUUGUAGUUCAGCCCCAUUUCAAGAGCCACCAAGUCGCCAUCUCUGAACCCCAGAGAAACAGCAGCCAGAUUUACGAGUGGAAGACUUUUCUGGAAUCAGAACAGACCCAGGCUCUCUUCUCUCCUCCCACCUGUCUUGUGCAAUGGCUGCCCCUGCAAGGUCAGCUUCAGCAGGGGUUAGAAGAUCUGGCCCCCGUAUUUGCAGGACACACAAGCCUGAAUUAGUUUUAUCUUGGCUUGUGUGUUGGACAAACCCAGCCUGGUUGGUCAGUACAGGGUUCAGUGGACUGUGUGAACUCAGAAAGCCGGUUACUUCUCUUACCAGGUAGACGCUAGUGUGUGAACACGGCCAUGAAGUCUUUGAUGGCGUUCACAAUUGUGUGGCCAUUCUGGGUUUGGGAAUGCGGCCGAAGGGGCUGUGGAGCCGGACAUUGAUGAGGCCUCUCACCCGCUGUAUGUCCCCCUCUCUUAGGCUGAGCAUCCUCAUUCUCACCACACGUCAUGCAGCUUUUCCAUGGGGAACAGGAGCAUGGAUGCCUCCAAACCCUUUGUAUGGCUGGAUCCAGUGCAGAGGCCUUAGGAUCUGGGUUGUCCAGCAAAGGAGGCCAGAAAGUCCCUUGUGAUCCUUCAAGCAACAUCCUGUCCUUUGGAGAGCUUGGACUGUGGCCCCUUAUUUUAUAUCUUCCUUUUUUAACAUGUUGAACCCUAGAAAGUUGCUUUUUUCCAAAAAGUGAACAAGCCUCAGGGAAGAAUUCACCUGCUGUGGCCUUGACAUUCCCUUCCCAAGACAGUAAAGGUUUAUGACCAGGAAGAGCCCUUUACAGCAGGGAAGGCAAUAAAGGGUUUGCAACCUGAAAAUCAACAGAGUAAUUGGAAGUUUAUGAGUCUUUCUCAUGCCAACUGAAUGGGCUCUGCUGCUUUUUAGAUCCGAUGGUCAAAUACGGCGCUUGUUUAUUCAAUGAAAGGACAUUGGAUCCGCCCCGGCCUUCCACCGGGUAUGGUCAAGGCUGCGCUUGGUCUGCUUGUAUCUCCUCCAGACAGGAGAGGUUACUCAUCCUCCACAGAAUGUGACAUAUGUUCACCUAGAAUGCGUAUCACAGAAGAAUGAACAAGGAGUUUUGUUAUGUUAAUUACGUCAAUCCCCAUCUUGGGUAAAUAUGUCCAGGCUUAUUUACCUUAUUGCUAGAUAAGAUAAAGGGUACCACCAAAUCUAAGAGGGUGACAAAGCAUUAGCUAACUGUCAGGGGAAUUGUAAGUUGCCACAGGGGUCUCUGCAGGCGGAAUUAAGAAGUGCCCAGAUGGCCAUCAGAACCGCCCAAUGAAAUCCGCGCCUGUUUUUUAAUCAUGCACGGGGGUGCGGCUUUAAUGGUGUGUGUGAAGCCUCCAUCUCGAUUUUUGGAAACCCUCUCCCCCCCC